CGAGCAUUUUUUUAAUAUAAAAUUGCUGCGUAAAUGCAUGUUAAUUUUUCUUUUUUUUCUGGCGCUACUAACUUGUAAUGUAUGGGCAUUGCAGUCUUUAAGUUUUCUCACAUACGCACACGCAUGAAAUAAAAAUUAAAAUCAAAUGAACUUUCCUGAAAAAGAAAACAAAAAAUUCUAGCUUCUAUUUUUUUUAAAGUAUCAUGACCAAUCGUAAGCUUGUUGGUAUCUUAACCAGAGUAUGUUAUCCAAAAAUUUUGAAUCAAAGAACGAUUUCAUCUUUGCAUCAACGUCAUUUUGGUUUAAUAUCUCAAAAUUUCGUGACAUUUAAUUCCAAACAUUCUUUCGUUGGGUGUACUCAAAUUUCAAAUUAUUUUUCGACAUUAACUGAUACUGAAAGAGCGGAAAUACCGGAUCACACGUCAACAGAAUCUCUUCAUUUUAUUGUUCAUCGUCACAAACAACCGUCUUCCGAAUGUAGUGUAUCCGAAGAAGCUUUGCAUACGUUACCACAUCCAGUAUGGGAUACGGAAGCGGUAGAAAAUGUUCGAAUUUCACAUAAACAGCCAGAGAAAAUAGUUGAUAAAUUGGCAUAUGGUUCUGUUAAAAUGAUGAGGUUUGGUUUUGAUGUUGUGUCGGGAUACGCUCUCGGACGCAUUGAUGAACGUGGUUGGUUAAAUCGCAUUGUUUUUCUCGAGACCGUCGCGGGUGUGCCUGGAAUGGUUGGUGCUAUGGUGAGACAUUUAAAGUCGCUACGUCAUAUGGAUCGUGAUAAUGGAUGGAUUCAUACAUUGUUAGAAGAAGCCGAAAAUGAAAGAAUGCAUUUAAUGACAAUCCUAGUACUUCGUCGACCUUCUUAUUUAUUUCGAAUGGGUGUGCUUCUGACGCAAGGGAUUUUUCUUUCCUUAUUUUCUACCUGUUACUUGUUAUGCCAUCGAUUUUGUCAUCGCUUUGUAGCCUAUUUGGAAGAAGAAGCUGUUGUAACAUAUACGAAGUUGCUUAGUGAAAUAGAUAAUGGACAUUUACCUUUAUUUGAAAAAUUGCCUGCUCCUAUUUUAGCAAAAAAUUACUGGAAGCUUCCAGAUAAUGCUAUGUUUCGAGAUGUUAUAUUAGCCAUACGAGCUGAUGAGGAUCAUCAUCGUUUAGUAAAUCAUACAUUCGCGCAACUUGAUGCAACGGGUCUCAAUCCAUUUUUACCAGGACAGUAAAGUUAUUUUACUCAAUUCUUUCAAUGAUUAGAAAAAAAAAACAAUUUUCAAGCAG